UUAGAUAGACCUAAAUUACCAGAAAAUUACCAGCAAGAGACAUGGGAGAAACUAAAAGAUGCAGUAAUAGCAAUUCAGACUUCCAGACCUAUCAGUACAUCUCAAGAAGAACUUUAUCAUGCUGUGCAGAAUUUGUGUUCUAAUAAGAUGGCCAAUAAUUUAUAUAUAAACCUUCGUAGUUUAUGUGAACAGCAUGUAAAAUUAAAUGUUGAACAGUUUUUAAAAGACAACCUGGAUAACCUGUGUUUUUUAAAAUUAAUGAAUGAAUGUUGGCAAGACCAUUGUCGUCAAAUGAUUAUGAUAAGAAGUAUAUUUCUAUUCCUUGAUCGUACUUAUGUCUUGCAGACACCCGGUGUUUCAUCAUUAUGGGAUUUGGGUUUGGACAUGUUUCGCACACAUAUUAUAUCAAAUAGCUUAGUUCAGAAUAAGACAGUUGAUGGCUUAUUACAGCUAAUUGAGAAAGAAAGGACUGGAGAAACUGUUGAUAAAGGAUUGCUUAAAAAUUUAUCGCGCAUGUUAUCAGAUUUACAAAUAUACCAACAAGCUUUUGAAGUGAAGUUUCUCGAAGCAUCUGAACAGUUAUAUGCAGCAGAAGGCCAGCGAUUGAUGCAGGAAUUGGAAGUUCCUUUAUAUUUGGCACAUGUUGACAGGCGCAUUGUCGAGGAAUGGGAACGACUGUUAUAUUACCUAGAUCACUCGACAAAGAAACCUUUGAUUCAGUGUGUUGAAAAACAGUUAUUAGGUGAACAUUUGAGCACUAUUCUACAGAAGGGACUUGAUCAGCUGUUAGAUGAAAAUAGAUUAAAUGACCUUUCUCUGACUUACAGUUUAUUUUCUAGAGUUAAGGAAGGUCUUCCUCAAUUGUGUUCUUAUUUUAACAACUACAUAAAGAAAAGGGGACGUGUUAUAGUUUGCAAUCCAGAGAAAGAUAAGACUAUGGUUCAAGAACUCCUAGAAUUUAAAGAUCAGAUGGAUACUGUUAUAAAUCAGUGUUUUAAGAAAAACAUAAAAUUCAUACAUUCCCUAAAAGAAGCAUUUGAAUAUUUUGUAAAUCAGCGCCCUAACAAGCCAGCAGAAUUGAUAGCAAAAUUUGUGGAUUCAAAACUUCGGGCUGGAAAUAAGGAAGCAACUGAAGAAGAAUUGGAACGCCUUCUUGAUAAAAUAAUGGUUUUGUUCAGAUUCAUUCAUGGAAAAGAUGUUUUUGAAGCAUUUUACAAAAAAGAUUUAGCUAAAAGGCUGUUAGUGGGUAAAAGUGCUUCUGUUGAUGCUGAAAAAUCAAUGUUAUCAAAACUAAAGCAGGAAUGUGGUGCUGCUUUUACAAGCAAAUUGGAAGGAAUGUUUAAAGAUAUGGAACUAUCAAAAGAAUUAAUGUUAGCCUUUAAACAGCAUCUUCAGAAUGUUAAGCCAUCUGGUAAUAUUGAUAUGACUGUAAAUAUUUUGACCAUGGGUUAUUGGCCAACGUAUCAACCGAUGGAAGUACUAAUGUCAUUAGAUAUGGUUCAUUAUCAAGAAAUAUUUAAAAAAUUUUACUUAGGAAAACACAGUGGUAGAAAAUUACAGUGGCAACCAAAUCUAGGUCAUUGUGUACUAAAAGCUGAAUUUCCUGCAGGAAAUAAAGAGUUGCAAGUUUCAUUAUUUCAAGCAUUAGUUCUACUGUUGUUUAAUGAAAAUCAUAGUUAUUCAUAUGAAGAAAUAAAACAGUCAGUUGGAAUCGAAGAUGGAGAACUUAAGAGAACACUUCAGUCUUUAGCAUGUGGCAAAGCCAGGGUGCUCCAUAAAAUGCCACGGGGUAAAGAAGUAGAAGAUAAAGAUGCCUUUGUUUACAAUGCAGACUUUAGAAACAAGUAUUUCAGAAUUAAAAUCAACCAGAUUCAGAUGAAAGAAACACAAGAAGAACAAUCAUCAACCCAAGAAAGGGUCUAUCAGGAUCGUCAGUAUCAAAUAGAUGCUGCCAUUGUGCGCAUUAUGAAAAUGAGGAAAUCAUUAUCACAUAAUUUGCUUAUUUCAGAGUUAUUUAAUCAACUGAAGUUCCCGGUUAAAGCUGCAGAUCUGAAAAAAAGAAUUGAGAGUCUUAUUGACAGAGACUAUUUGGAGCGUGAUGGAGAUAAUCCUAAUCAGUAUCAUUAUGUUGCAUAAAUAUCAUUGCAUUUUUUAAACUGAAAGUUCAACUUGAAGAAUUUCUAUUUCAAAAACCAAUAUAUGUUUUCUUGGAUUCUUUUAAAUUUACAUUGUUUCAGCAUAUUAUACUUGACGUAUUUUUAAAAAAGAAAAUGUUAUACUGAAAGUGAAAUUUUAUGCAUUUGUGUAACAACUGUAUUAUCUAUCCUUAUCCAUUCAUUGUUUUGUUGUUAAAUAAAAUUAUUUGUUCAUAGUU